UUUGAGACUCAAUAAAAACAUAAGGGGACACUUCCUUGUAAAUGCCACAUUCACAGGAUCUGUACCAUCGCAAAAGUUCUGCAGUAUUUUUUUUUACCUGUGCUUUUCUACUUGAAGGUGAACCAUGUCCUCAAGCUUCCACAGGCCCUCUCUGCACCAGGUUGCCCUCAGCUGCCUGCUGGUAGUGUGUACCCUAGUCCUUUUCUUUGUGUACUACAAGCCUGAAAUCAAGUUCCCCACAUCUCUGUGUGCAAAGGAAGUACAGGCCCAGGUCUCGAACCAUUCACCAGACCAGCACAUCAACUCACUUCAUAAUGACACCCAGAGGGUCCAGGCUGCAGCAGUGGACGCUGAGCUCAACACUGUUCUGUUGAUCUGGAUGUGGCCAUUUGGCUCCAAGUUUGAUCUCAACUGCAAUAUAUUCAAUAUCAGAUGCCACUUGACAGAUGACAAGUCUCUCUACCAUAAAGCCCACGGGGUCAUCUUCCACCACAGGGACAUAACGGUUGCAUCUUUACCAAAAGAGCCACGUCCCUGGUUUCAGAAAUGGGUGUGGUUUAAUAUGGAGUCACCUGCACACUCUGGUCAAAUCCCUGAAAUCAAUCACUUAUUCAACUUGACAUGCAGUUAUCGCCUCGAUUCAAAUAUUCCUGUGCCUUAUGGGCAAUUGUUGCCACUAUCAUCUGGGAUUGAGAGUUUUGAACUGCCACCAAAGGACAAGUUGGUCUGUUGGAUUGUGAGCAACUGGAAUCCGAACCUCAGAAGAGUUCAGUUCUACAAUGAACUGAAAAAACAUGUCCAGAUAAACACUUACGGGAGGGCUUUUCAGCAACGUGUUAGUGAUCAAGACUAUACGGAGAUAAUCUCUAGUUGUAAAUUCUACUUCUCCUUUGAAAACUCUAUUUACAAAGACUAUAUUACAGAGAAGUUAUUUCGUCCUAUGAAGCUAGGAAGUGUACCAAUAGUUUUGGGACCUCCAAGACAAAAUUAUGAGGAACACAUCCCAGCGGAUUCUUUCAUUCAUGUCGAUGACUUUUCCACUCCAAAGGAGUUGGCAGAGAGGAUACUUUACCUCAACCAAAAUAUUACUGAAUACAUGAAAUACUUCAAUUGGAAAAACAGGUUUGAAGUUCAAUUGGGUGGGUUUGGCCAAGAACAUGCCUGCAGGACUUGUAGUUACUUACAAAAGAACAGAAGAUACCAAGCUUUUCAUGAUCUUAACAAAUGGUACUGGGGUUAAUAGUACUCUAACAAAAACAGCAUCUGCCAAAUUACCUUUCAGUCUGGGACACUGACAAGUAUGGGCUCGAAGUAAAAGACUUAAGUCGUUUCACCUGAAUUGUCUGUUGUUUCUACAAACAUGAGAUUGAUUCCACAUUGAUUGUGGCUUGUGGUAAAAAAAAAGAAAGAAAAAAACACUCAACUGUAAAAUUACAGUUAAAAAAAAGUCUGCAGUAACCUUGCCAUACAAUGACAUUAUUUUAAUUGAUUUUUACAUACUCUUCCAUGACUGGAAUUUCAUUUUCGCUAUUCACAGUAUGGAAACAUUAUCUCAAACCCUGUAUGUAUGUGUUGAUUUUGGUCAUUUUUUUAAACUGAGAUUUUGUCCAUGAUCAUUUGCUUUUCAUCAUCUUACCACUUUGAUCCACCAAAGCCAUUUCAGUUUUACUCCUAUUUAAAUAUAUUCAUAAAUGAAGUCAUUUCAUAUUGUAUAUGUAAAAUUAAUGCAAAAAAAAAAAAGAAAGCGAAGCUCUUUUAUUUGUGACUAUUCUCUGCCCUGCAGGCUGCAUUAUGUGACUCUUUGUUAUGAAAUAGUUCAAUACUUUUACAAUAUUUCCCCAACACUGCAGAAUUUCAAUGUCCACAAAUGUAGCUGUCACAGAACCCAGGUAUUUUCGUUCAAUACAUUACUGUCCCAGAUAUUUGAUUUGAAAAAGUGGAAUAAAUCAAAAGGAUUAAAAAAAAAGGUUUAAUGUAAAUGAUAAUGAAUACCUUUGAACAUUUAGGAUGCUGCAUACUGAACACACAAUGACGACGUGGGGAGUAAGAGAGACGACGAUGACAACGUCCAGGACGGCUCUUCUCCUAAGGGACAGGUGGGAGAAGGGGAGCAGGUUGCGCCAUCUCAGGCCACCACUCUCAGGUCAGAGUUAUAAUUUUACCACAGUAAGACAGUUUAAGCCAUAAACUAAAUGAAUGUGGUUGUUGUCAGCGGAAGACAGGCUGGUGAACUUUAGUCAGACUGAGAUACUGCUGGCACACAGAUCACUACGAUCAUCCAUCAGGUAAAUGACUGACCAAAUUAAAUACACUGAAGAAAAGUACCCACAUACACCGCAGUAACGUCAUCCAGAAAAAGAAUACUUUCCUGGGCUUUUUCCGGGCUUUGGAAAAGUUUUACAAAGAUUACAAGUGCAUGGCUUAAAAAUAUACAAUACAAAGAUUAACAAUUGACUGUCUUUACAGCCAGACCUGUCAACAGUUUUA